UACAACAACCAAACGCGAAAUGUAAUCAUAAUAAGGAGCAAACACUACGAAGCCCGAACGAUUAUUGCCAAAUUAUGUGACCAGCUAACAUUACGACUUACGAACGUUACUUAAGUAUUUUCCCCCUUGAGUCCUUUGGUUUCGCCCUUACGACCCUAGGAAUCUACCGUUACCCUUACCCCAUUCCCAUAUCCUCCCUGUCCCCCGUGUGACCUGUCCCGGAGGGAGGACUUACGUUGAUUCCAUCCAUUAUAUUUACGCAUUCGAUUACGUGCACGUGCGCGCGCGAGAUUAGAUUAUGUGUACAGCCGUUAGCGCGCGUUAGCCUCGGGCGUGCGAUUGCCGUCGCCAUGGCAACCGUGAUGUCGGCGAUGUAAGCGUUAAGGGUUAAGUUACACGCCGAAAGCCAGAACAUAUAACCGCACCAACUAGAAACGAGGAAGUUUUUUAAAUUCAUUCGAAAUCGCGGCACACCCACCUCCCUUUCUAAAACACCCCCGCACACAAUUCACACACAAACUCAGUCUCUAUCUCGCUCCAUCCUACCCUCCGCGGUCACUCGCUCGUAGCACUUACCGGCCGAGAAGCUAUGAAGCAUUGAAAAAAAAUCAACCGACAAGUAGUUCAAAAUGCAAAAAAAAAAACAUCGUUAAAGAGCAAAGCAUAAAGAAAAAUCGUGAUUACAAAAAAGUUGUUGUUUCCGAAAUUUUAUAGUUAUUCUAUCUCCUAUAGGGGUUUGUUAGAGCGAACUAAAGCAACCAACAAAAAAAAAUGAUGAAAAACUACCAGCAAAAUGGAACAAAAAAUCUAAUUAAAUAAUUAAAUACAUACGUAGACAUUGACUAUUCGGCACCGAUACCAAUUCACAAACCCGUAACCGAGAGGGCGAUUCUUUCGGGAGAUUCGUGCGGCGAAAUCUUCCACCACACCUUACUGUACUGCUUCGGUUUUGGCCUGAUUGAAAAAUAUCGCAUGCCGCCAUUACUUCAUUGAUUGCUCUUGAGAGAUAAAAAAAAUUGCGUAGAUGAUACCAACCACUCAACAAAAAAAACGCAAAUGAUACACAUUUAUACACACAUUAGUAAUGAACUCGUUGUAACCAAACUAUUGCAAAACCAACCAAAAAAACAACAAACGUAACUGCAAAACCUGUCAGAUUGAUUGGAAAGGAAAAUAGAUUGUUUUUUUCAUACUAAAGCUAA